AUGCUGACAGUGCAUAGAGUGCUACGUCCUGACACAAACCUUGCGGAUUCCUCAUUUUCUUGUGUAGGUCGCUAUGCCUUGAUAGCAUUCAGAAAGGUUAACUUGAACCAGAUACCAAAGAUUAUUCCCAAAAUACCGGUAAGUUCCUUGCACUAAGAAAUUAAUCCAGUCUUAAGUUUAUACUCACUCUAAAUUCGAGAUAGCUCCGAAUCUCUCUUUUUAAGAAAAAGAUUUCUUCUUUUACGAGAAAAUGUAAAAAAAAUCAUCGGAUAAGAAUUUUUUGUAUGAAUUUACGAGAACAACAUCUUAUUUUAUGAUUUGUUUUAAAUUUUUUUCUUAGCAUAAGAAAUCUCGAAUUUAAAUAAUUUAGAGUGACUGUCAUCUGAAUGAUGAAUAUUUGAAUUUUAUAAGCUUAUAUUGGAAGGACAGAAUGAAGAAAUAAAUGCAAAGAAGAUCAUCGCAAUCAAAGACACAGCUCAUGAAUUUUUCAGGCUUUCUUUUCUCAACUGCAUGAGUUACGUCUUUAACUGCGACGAUCUUCUUUGCAUUCAUUUCUUCAUUCCAUAGUUCCAAUAUAUGAAAUUCGUAUAACAUUCAUCUUUACAUCUUCAUCUUUCCUGGGUAUAUUUUGAACCAGUUUAAUGACCAGCUCCUAGUUGGCUUGCUGGGCCGUCUUAGCUGUGCUUAUGAUCUGACUGAUUGAAAUUAUCGGCAGUGAGUGUUGACACUUCUUCAGCAAAUGGACAGCGAACACGAGUAUGAAAACCUUGUUCCCUGGGUUCCCUUAUGAGGUAGCGAGUGAAUGUACUUCUGAAACAGCCGAAAGUACUCUUCAGCAACAACGACAAAAAUGCGUUGUCAUAUUGAACUGAAGUGAGUGACUCAAUCACAGAUCUCAAGCCACAGCAAUACAUGAAACUUGUGAAAUCCCCUUUGGGCAUCCAUGAGUUAGAGAAGACAUUCAGGGGUUAUGUUCCUGGGAUGUAGGACUUUCCACAAUCAGGUUUUAGUCCAAUGGGGCAUUUUUUAGGUUUAACUGUUCUGUCUCGUUCACAUUAAAAGUGGGUUGAGUUAGUCUACAAAUCUGAUUUAACCCUUUCGUGCGCAAGUUCCUGGGAAGGAAAAGACUGCUAAAAAUACUACCAACAAAAAAUUUAUUUCUUGGCAUCGAUCUUGAUAGUAUGAUGUCAAAAAUUGACCUAGACUGUUUCUGGAUACAUUAAAUUUAAGCUAGCCCGCAUUCAGUAACAGGAAACCAAAUAUCCUAUUUUUGAGAAUUUUUCAAACAUAAAAACUUGACAAAAGUGUGUCUCAAAAUAGUUGCCUAUAAAGUUUAUCACUGCAUGAUUACUCCACACAGCAACAUACAUCAAAGCCAGUGAGAAAAAUCGAUCCAAUGUCACGCAAGCUUUAUUUUGAAACCAAGAAAGCAAAUUAAACGGUGCUAAAACUAUGAAAGAAUGGCUAAAAUCUUUGACUGGUCGAUACAAAAUGGCGCUACUUGCAUAUGUUUCUUUGUAAAAUGACAAAUUUUGCUUCGAGUUACCUUUCAAGCCUAUAAAUCCAGCACCUUUCCUCGACAGCACCACACACUUAAAAGUUCAACUGUUUGAAUCUUAAGCCUCCUAGUUCGCUGAAGAACUCAUCGAAAAACACGACCAUUACCACGAAAAAUCCCCACAAAUAUAACCGAAGCUGAAAGAUCUUAGUCUUCCGUCGCCAUUAUUUGAGUUCGCGUGCCGCUGAGGUCGAUAAAACAUCGAAAAUUUGACCACAAUUGAUCAUACAGACACAAAAUGUCGCCCAUGUUGUUCUCUUUCUUGAUCAAGUCACCACAGGCUACCCAAGACUCAUGCAAAUGUACGCUGACCAUUUUUCUGCAGACCCAUUCCGAUCGUACGAAUUCGUACGAUUGCGCACGAAAGGGUUAAGCAAAUCAGAAACUUGGUAACAGGUUUUUCAAAAGAUUGUCACAAAUUUAUGUUUUACUUGUGUUUUUGUACAUAGGAAUUCAGCCAUUAUUACAGGGGCGGAUUUGAACCCAAGAUGACGAAAAGAGAAGCUGGUUUAAUUCUUGGAAUCAGGUAUGCUAUGAUUUAUAGCCAUCAAGUCUAGUCCUGAGUUUCUACGGCCAAAUGCGUUAUCUUCGAUGACAUUAUUAAGACUAGGAGAUUUGCAAGGUAAAAUUUAUAGAGAUCAAAGGAAACCUUGUUAUUUUAUGGUAAAUUAGUGUAGGCCAAUCCCCAUUUUAGUAUUCAACCAAGUCAGUGGUUAUAUUUGAUUGAGUUUUCAAAUGGAAAGCCUUUAUAACUAUGACUAUCUUGAUUGAAACAUGAUUGUGAUCGAGUGUAGUACUGUUGUUUCCACACUUCUUGUAAUGAAGUCAUCUGAAAUUUAAUACAGUUAACAAUGAGGAGUGCAGUCGCGUGUUAUCAGUGUGGUGGCUCAAGCUUAGUCAGCCUUGCUUGUAUCAUCUGCAAGUGCUUAGUACAGUGUUUUCUGGUGGCCACUAUAUUUGCUUAGCUCCCCCUUUAUUUUUCCACUGUUAAAUCAGUGUGACAGGUGCCUUGUUCCAUUGAUGUUGGGGGGCUCAGGGCUGGAAUGCGUGGGUUUACCAGCCAUAUCGCGGUCGUGGAUCUAGGGGCUGGCUUUGCCAAUAGUGGAAGCCCUUGGACAUCCCGUGCACCCACCUCCAUAAAGCGAUGUAGUUGUUACUCAAGGUUUUUAACUUUGAUUGCCUAGCAUUUUCCUUCAAGACUGUUGUCAGAGAAAGUAGCUCAACCAUGUGAAUCAGAUGAUGCGUGUGAAAUCCCUAGUGUUUUGACCAGACUGCAAAUUAAUGACCUUCAAUCAUAAAAUGUGAAAAUACUGAGAAAACUCAACCUUAAUUGAUGUUGAAAAGAAAUGGACUUUUUUGAUUGUAUAAUCCUCCAAAAUUUGGUAAAUAUACAGUGAAUUGCAUUUUGUACAUUAUUUAUUGCAGUUUUUCUAGGUACAUUUCAUUGUAUCCUUAUUCGCUUAAAUGAGUACAUGCUUCUUCACAAAAUAACUUGAAUUUUUCCUUGUAAAAUUACUUUACAAAACCUUAAGAUUUUUUAACACCAAAAUUGUUUCUUAUUUCUUUUCAAGUCCUUCCGCUAACAAAGUUAAAAUUAGAGAGGCUCACAGAAGAGUUAUGCUCAUAAAUCACCCAGACAGAGGUGGGUUAAACAGUUAAGGGCUGAAUCCCUUUGAUUUGGUAGCUAACCUAAAUUGCCCAUCUAUCACAGAUAUACACAUACUGGGUCAUAAUUGUGUCCACAACAAUAGCCCUCGAGCAUGCGUACGUCAUGUGAACAGAUUUCACCAUCAGGCAUCCUAAAUGUUGUAGUUAAUUUUUUAUCUCAAGUAAUUUUUGUUUUUCUUUUGUUUUUGGGUGUGGUAAUGUGUGCUAAUGAAGUUGAAACAAAGGAAAUACAACAAUAUUAUCUGAGAUAAAAAAUUAAUUUCAACAAAAACAAAACUCUGUGCAUCGGUACUAUUUUGUCUUGGGAAUUCUUUUCAACUCUUCUGCUUUGGGAAUUCAUCUUUGUAGGACUUGGUGAAUGUACAAUUAUUCCAAGCCAGGCUUGGUGGUGAUAUUUGCUUGUCUGACAUAAUCAUGCAUGAGGGCUUUUUCUUGUAAAAUUGUAGGAUUCCUCAAUAGGCAGUCCAAUGGAUAGUUUAAUUUAGACUCUGUUUAGAGUCUGGCAGACUUGUAUCGAUAAUAUUUAACAAUUUUUGGAUGAGGCCAAGUAUGAUCUGAAGAAUUAUGGAGAUUGAAGAGUGUUAAUCGGCUGAGGUUCACAACACCCUCCAAGAUCUCCAGAUGAUACGGAAACCAAAUUCAGUAGUUGUUUUAUUAUUCAUUCAAAAUAAUUCCUAGUUUAAAAACAAUCUAAAACAUGCUUAUGUCCAUCGAUGUUAUGUUGAUCUUGGAUAGUGCACUUGGAUAGGAGAUAAAGAGUUGUUGAGUUCUGUAAAUAUUCUCUAAAUAGCAGAUGUCAUCUAUCAAGUUGUAUUCUAGGUGUACUUGCUAUGUGGUAGCCAAUAGUUCGCCUAUUUCUUCCUCCCGAAAUGAAAGAAAUGUUUGUAUUCACUACAAAAACAACUCAACCUUGUCCCUAGGUCUUCUUGGUUAACUGUCCGGUUUUGUGGCGAUUAUGCUGUAGAAUUGACGUCAUUUUUCACAUAACACAAACUUCUUCCAAAUUUGGUCAACAGUAUAGCUGGUUAUGAUGAAUUAUCUGUGGGAUUUUAGCCAGUCAGAAACAAAGAAAUAUUUUGAAUGAAUAAUAAUCAGCUUUAUCUAUCUAGUGUCGCAUGACAAUGAAUACUGUAUCAAAUUUCAUUUCUACGGCUUCCUGUAUAGCUCUUGGUUUAAGGAAUUGGAGGAGAAUUGAAGAAGGUGUACAGUGCCUGUCUUUGAGUUCUAGGUUAACUUCAAAUCCAUAUAACCAUCAAUACAUUUUUCUGACAGGCACUUUUCAAUUUUUCAGAAAAUUGUCACCUUAUCACCUGCCUGCUGCCAAAUGACUUUGCAGCCCAUGUUUCUCACCCCAGUUAUUUUUUGUUGCAUUUUGAAGGUGGCUCUCCGUUUCUUGCUGCAAAAAUAAAUGAAGCUAAAGAUAUCCUGGAUGGAAACAGCAAAUAA